CAAUCAGGGACAGAACCGUAAAAACCCGAUCCCCAAUGCCUUUCUUCAAAUACCGAGCAGGGCAAGCAAAACGGUAAAAACGGCGAACACAGAAAUGGCGAGAGCACCAAGGUUGAUCAUCGCGGUGGUAACCCUGCUGUGGUUGCUGGUACUCUGCCGUUCAACCGAAUCCCCGCCGUACGAGGUGUUACACGUGGAAUCCGACUUCGAAAUCAGACACUACCGAAACGCCACGUGGAUGUCCGCAACUGUGAACGACCUUUCCUUCCAAAAGGCCACCUUGUUUGGCUUCCACAGAUUGUUCCAGUUUAUAGAAGGUGCGAAUCUAAAUUGGUCUCGGGUAGCCAUGACAUCACCCGUGGUGACAAGCCUAGUCCCCGGAGCUGGGCCUCUUCACUCCUCAGCCUACGCGGUCCGAUUUUACUUGCCUGCUAAGUUCCAGGACUGCCCACCGACGCCACUCCCGGAACUGAACCUGGAACCUUUCGCCUGGGAAAGCCAUUACGUCGCUGUCAGGAAGUUUUCAGGGUUUGCUACGGAUGAUAGCGUGCUCAAGGAGGCUGCCAGGCUUGCUACAAGUUUGAGCUUGUCGCCAUGGGCUAACUCUACUAUUGAUUCUGAGUACAGUUAUUCGAUUGCCCAGUAUGACCCACCGUUCAGGUUUAUUGGUAGGGUUAACGAAUUGUGGGUGGAUGUUGAUGCUUCUGUGUUUGUUGGCCCUGGAAAAGCUACGGCUUGAAAGAUAUUGGAGAAUCACAAGGUUUGGGUCUUGGGACUUGGGGAGAUUUUCUGGUUGUAUACUAUAUGGAGGUAAAAUAAGGCUUAAUCAUGUUGUGUUCUAGUUUUUCUUAUGUCUAAAGGUUCUAUGUAAAUAUAUGAUAGAAUUAUACAAGAACAAUAUGUUUUAGUAGUAAAUUUUACAAUAAUCAUUCUCAUCCUCA